CCUCGGCUCUUGUUCCGCGGCCGGAGCCAGCGGCGGCGGCGGCGGCGGUAGCGGCUUAGGCAGCGAAGCGAUCGCCGGGCGCGCGGGGGGACGCCGGCUGCACUCCAGGGCAGGCGCUCUGCAAUGAGACAGUAAAUGCAUCCCCCGUGUGCUGCUGCAGGGUAACAUCUGGACUGGGCUCCCGGCCCCUCGGAUGCUCAGCUGCCCAUAAGUUCCUGUAUCAACUUGUUGAAGACAAGAAACACUUGAGAGUGCAAAGAGGAAGUAGAAAAUCCUAGCUGUAACCAUGAGAGCCCAAGUAGGAGAGCUGGGACAUCGGAGCCCCCCAGACCUGUGCUGCAAACAAGGUAUUGCUGCUGGAGGUUUCUCACAUGCUUUAGGAUAUCUUCAGGAAAAGUGACUCCACAUAAACAGAAUUUUGACCUCUGUCUUCAUCCCAGAAUGCCACUGCUGCUCUAGGACAGAGUCAGCUCCGCUUGAUCCCCAGCCUCACCCUCCUUGUGGGUGUGCCGUGUGGCCAGAGGUUUGUUAUAAAGAAUUCCACUGUGACUGGACAUGGGAAUAUCUUUCUCUGCUUAAUGCUCCCUUGGUGAAUUUGAAGUGGGAAAUAGAGCCUCUUACCCAGCCCUCCUGACAUUCUAAGUGAGACCCUUCAAGACAUCUAGGAAAAUGGUGGCCCUGUCUUUAAAGAUCUGUGUCCGUCACUGCAACGUGGUAAAGACCAUGCAGUUUGAACCAUCUACGGCUGUGUAUGACGCCUGUCGAGUCAUCCGGGAACGGGUGCCCGAGGCACAAACUGGGCAAGCUUCCGACUAUGGGCUGUUUCUUUCCGAUGAAGACCCCAGGAAAGGUAUUUGGCUGGAGGCGGGCAGAACACUGGAUUACUACAUGUUGCGAAAUGGGGAUAUUUUGGAAUAUAAAAAGAAACAGAGACCUCAGAAAAUCCGGAUGCUGGAUGGAUCUGUGAAAACAGUCAUGGUGGACGACUCCAAGACCGUGGGGGAACUCCUGGUUACUAUUUGCAGCAGGAUAGGAAUAACGAACUAUGAGGAAUAUUCUUUAAUCCAAGAAACUAUUGAAGAAAAGAAAGAGGAAGGGACGGGUACGCUCAAAAAAGACAGGACGCUGUUACGAGACGAGAGGAAAAUGGAGAAGUUGAAGGCCAAGCUCCACACAGAUGAUGACUUAAAUUGGCUGGAUCACAGCCGAACAUUCAGAGAACAAGGAGUAGAUGAAAACGAAACAUUGCUGCUUAGACGGAAGUUCUUUUACUCAGAUCAGAAUGUAGAUUCAAGAGACCCUGUGCAGCUGAACUUGCUUUAUGUUCAGGCUCGGGAUGACAUCCUGAAUGGCUCCCACCCUGUCUCCUUCGAGAAAGCUUGUGAGUUUGGUGGAUUUCAAGCCCAAAUACAAUUUGGACCCCAUGUGGAACAUAAACACAAGCCUGGAUUCUUAGAUCUAAAGGAAUUUCUACCCAAAGAAUACAUCAAGCAGAGAGGAGCUGAAAAGAGGAUAUUCCAGGAGCAUAAGAACUGUGGAGAGAUGAGUGAAAUAGAAGCCAAGGUCAAGUAUGUCAAGCUUGCCCGGUCCCUCCGGACAUAUGGUGUGUCCUUUUUCCUGGUUAAGGAAAAGAUGAAAGGCAAGAACAAACUGGUCCCUCGCCUUCUGGGGAUCACCAAAGACUCGGUGAUGCGCGUGGACGAGAAGACCAAGGAAGUGCUGCAGGAAUGGCCCCUCACCACGGUCAAGCGCUGGGCAGCCUCGCCCAAGAGCUUCACGCUGGAUUUUGGGGAGUAUCAGGAAAGCUACUAUUCAGUGCAAACCACUGAGGGAGAGCAGAUAUCCCAGCUGAUUGCAGGCUACAUUGACAUCAUCCUCAAAAAGAAACAAAGUAAAGACAGAUUUGGACUAGAAGGCGAUGAGGAGUCAACUAUGUUAGAAGAGUCCGUUUCCCCCAAAAAGUCCACCAUCUUGCAGCAGCAGUUCAACCGGACUGGGAAGGUGGAACACGGCUCCGUGGCACUGCCAGCCGUGAUGCGCUCAGGCUCCAGCGGUCCCGAGACCUUCAACGUCGGCAGCAUGCCCUCACCCCAGCAGCAGGUCAUGGUUGGUCAGAUGCACCGAGGCCACAUGCCGCCCCUGACCUCAGCCCAGCAGGCCCUCAUGGGGACCAUCAACACAAGCAUGCACGCUGUCCAGCAGGCCCAGGAUGACCUCAGUGAGCUCGACUCACUGCCACCCCUCGGCCAGGAUAUGGCAUCUAGGGUAUGGGUUCAGAACAAAGUCGACGAGUCCAAACAUGAGAUCCACUCGCAAGUUGAUGCUAUCACAGCUGGAACGGCUUCAGUUGUUAACCUCACGGCUGGUGACCCUGCAGACACUGACUACACAGCUGUGGGAUGCGCGAUCACCACUAUUUCUUCCAACUUGACGGAGAUGUCCAAGGGUGUGAAGCUGUUGGCAGCCCUCAUGGACGAUGAGGUGGGCAGUGGGGAGGACUUGCUGAGAGCUGCAAGGACCCUUGCUGGAGCAGUGUCAGACUUGCUGAAAGCUGUGCAGCCUACUUCUGGAGAGCCUCGCCAGACGGUUUUGACUGCUGCUGGAAGCAUUGGGCAAGCAAGUGGGGAUCUUCUGAGACAGAUUGGAGAGAAUGAGACUGAUGAGCGAUUCCAAGAUGUUUUAAUGAGUUUGGCCAAAGCUGUUGCCAAUGCUGCUGCCAUGUUGGUACUAAAGGCGAAGAACGUUGCUCAAGUGGCUGAAGACACCGUCCUGCAGAACAGGGUGAUCGCUGCUGCCACCCAGUGUGCCCUUUCCACCUCCCAGCUGGUGGCAUGUGCCAAGGUGGUGAGCCCCACCAUCAGCUCCCCCGUGUGCCAGGAACAGCUGAUUGAAGCGGGGAAGCUGGUGGACCGCUCGGUGGAGAACUGCGUCCGUGCCUGCCAGGCAGCCACUGAUGACAGCGAGCUCCUGAAGCAGGUCAGCGCAGCGGCCAGUGUGGUCAGCCAGGCCCUGCACGAUCUCCUGCAGCACGUGCGACAAUUUGCCAGCCGAGGCGAGCCCAUCGGCCGCUACGACCAGGCCACUGACACCAUCAUGUGUGUCACUGAGAGCAUCUUCAGCUCCAUGGGCGACGCUGGUGAGAUGGUACGUCAGGCCCGGGUCCUGGCCCAGGCUACUUCAGACCUCGUCAAUGCCAUGAGGUCAGAUGCAGAAGCUGAAAUCGACAUGGAGAAUUCAAAGAAGCUCCUGGCAGCAGCAAAACUCUUGGCUGACUCCACUGCUCGCAUGGUGGAAGCUGCGAAGGGGGCUGCAGCCAACCCAGAGAAUGAGGACCAACAGCAAAGGCUGAGAGAAGCUGCAGAAGGUCUCCGAGUAGCAACCAAUGCCGCUGCCCAGAAUGCUAUUAAGAAAAAAAUUGUCAACCGACUGGAGGUAGCAGCCAAGCAGGCUGCGGCAGCAGCCACACAGACCAUUGCUGCCUCCCAAAAUGCAGCGGUUUCCAACAAGAACCCUGCAGCCCAGCAGCAGCUCGUCCAGAGCUGCAAGGCAGUGGCUGACCACAUCCCUCAGCUGGUCCAGGGGGUGCGAGGGAGCCAAGCUCAAGCAGAAGACCUCAGUGCCCAGCUGGCACUCAUCAUCUCCAGCCAGAAUUUCCUCCAGCCUGGAAGCAAAAUGGUGUCCUCUGCCAAAGCUGCAGUGCCCACCGUGAGUGACCAGGCCGCGGCCAUGCAGCUGAGCCAGUGUGCCAAGAACCUGGCCACCAGCCUGGCGGAGCUGCGCACCGCCUCACAGAAGGCCCACGAAGCCUGUGGUCCUAUGGAAAUCGAUUCAGCUCUGAACACUGUGCAGACACUUAAGAAUGAACUGCAGGAUGCCAAGAUGGCUGCGGUGGAGAGUCAGCUGAAACCGCUUCCCGGGGAAACGCUGGAAAAAUGUGCCCAGGACCUGGGCAGCACAUCUAAAGCAGUGGGUUCUUCCAUGGCACAGCUCCUGACCUGUGCUGCUCAAGGCAACGAGCACUACACAGGGGUGGCUGCUAGAGAAACAGCCCAAGCUCUGAAAACGCUGGCCCAGGCUGCCCGUGGAGUGGCUGCAUCUACGAGUGACCCCGCGGCUGCCCACGCUAUGUUAGAUUCUGCUCGCGAUGUGAUGGAGGGCUCCGCCAUGCUAAUUCAAGAAGCCAAGCAGGCCCUGAUUGCGCCUGGGGAUGCAGAGAGUCAACAGAGACUAGCUCAGGUGGCCAAAGCCGUGUCUCACUCCUUGAAUAACUGCGUGAAUUGCCUCCCUGGGCAGAAGGAUGUGGACGUGGCCUUGAAGAGCAUCGGGGAGUCCAGCAAGAAGUUGCUUGUAGAUUCGCUACCUCCAAGCACAAAGCCUUUCCAGGAAGCCCAGAGUGAACUUAACCAGGCAGCAGCUGAUCUGAACCAGUCUGCUGGGGAAGUCGUCCAUGCCACCCGGGGGCAGAGUGGAGAGCUGGCUGCAGCCUCUGGAAAAUUCAGUGAUGAUUUUGAUGAAUUCCUUGAUGCUGGCAUUGAGAUGGCAGGCCAAGCGCAGACAAAAGAAGACCAGAUACAAGUGAUAGGGAACCUCAAGAAUAUCUCUAUGGCUUCCAGCAAGCUGUUGUUAGCUGCCAAGUCUCUCUCUGUAGAUCCAGGAGCUCCCAAUGCGAAAAAUCUCCUGGCUGCAGCUGCAAGAGCUGUGACGGAGAGCAUCAAUCAGCUUAUCACUCUGUGCACCCAACAAGCUCCCGGCCAGAAAGAGUGUGAUAACGCCCUCCGGGAGCUCGAGACUGUCAAAGGGAUGUUGGACAAUCCUAAUGAACCUGUUAGUGACCUCUCCUACUUUGACUGCAUUGAGAGUGUGAUGGAAAACUCCAAGGUUCUAGGCGAGUCAAUGGCUGGGAUUUCACAGAACGCCAAGACUGGAGACCUCCCUGCCUUUGGAGAAUGUGUGGGGAUUGCAUCCAAAGCUCUCUGUGGGCUGACAGAGGCCGCAGCCCAGGCUGCAUACCUGGUCGGCAUCUCUGAUCCAAACAGCCAGGCAGGCCACCAGGGCCUGGUGGACCCUAUCCAGUUUGCAAGGGCUAACCAGGCAAUCCAGAUGGCAUGUCAGAACCUGGUGGACCCCAGCAGCAGCCCGUCGCAGGUUCUGUCUGCCGCCACAAUUGUUGCCAAACACACCUCGGCCUUGUGCAAUGCCUGCCGCAUUGCCUCAUCCAAGACAGCCAACCCAGUGGCCAAGAGGCACUUUGUCCAGUCAGCCAAGGAAGUUGCCAACAGCACCGCCAACCUGGUGAAGACCAUCAAGGCCCUGGAUGGGGAUUUCUCUGAAGACAACCGCAAUAAGUGUCGCAUUGCUACGGCGCCCUUGAUUGAAGCUGUGGAGAACCUUACCGCGUUUGCAUCAAACCCGGAGUUUGUCAGCAUUCCCGCCCAGAUCAGCUCCGAGGGCUCACAGGCACAGGAACCAAUCCUGGUCUCGGCCAAGACCAUGCUGGAAAGCUCAUCGUACCUCAUCCGCACUGCACGCUCUCUGGCCAUCAACCCCAAAGACCCGCCCACCUGGUCUGUGCUGGCCGGACAUUCCCAUACUGUGUCUGACUCCAUCAAGAGUCUCAUCACAUCUAUCAGGGACAAGGCCCCUGGACAGCGGGAGUGUGACUACUCCAUCGAUGGCAUCAACCGGUGCAUCCGGGACAUUGAGCAGGCCUCCCUUGCAGCUGUGAGCCAGAGCCUGGCCACGAGGGACGACAUCUCUGUGGAGGCCCUGCAGGAGCAGCUGACUUCGGUGGUCCAGGAAAUCGGGCACCUUAUCGAUCCCAUCGCCACAGCAGCUCGGGGAGAAGCUGCUCAGCUGGGACAUAAGGUGACACAGCUGGCAAGCUAUUUUGAGCCCUUGAUCUUAGCCGCGGUUGGCGUCGCCUCCAAGAUACUUGACCAUCAGCAGCAGAUGACAGUGCUGGACCAGACCAAGACGCUUGCAGAAUCUGCCCUGCAGAUGUUGUAUGCAGCCAAAGAGGGCGGAGGGAACCCCAAGGCUCAACACACCCACGACGCCAUCACGGAGGCUGCCCAGCUGAUGAAGGAAGCUGUGGAUGACAUCAUGGUGACACUGAAUGAAGCUGCCAGUGAAGUGGGGCUGGUGGGAGGCAUGGUGGACGCCAUUGCAGAAGCCAUGAGCAAGCUGGACGAAGGCACUCCUCCAGAACCUAAGGGAACAUUUGUCGACUAUCAGACGACAGUGGUUAAAUACUCCAAAGCCAUUGCGGUAACAGCUCAAGAAAUGAUGACUAAGUCGGUUACUAACCCGGAGGAGCUGGGAGGACUGGCUUCACAAAUGACCAAUGACUAUGGGCACCUGGCUCUCCAGGGCCAGAUGGCAGCAGCCACGGCGGAACCAGAGGAGAUCGGAUUCCAGAUUCGCACCCGUGUGCAGGACCUGGGUCAUGGCUGUAUCUUCCUGGUGCAGAAGGCAGGAGCCCUCCAGGUGUGCCCCACAGACAGCUACACCAAGAGGGAGCUGAUCGAGUGCGCCCGUGCCGUCACAGAGAAGGUGUCCUUGGUGCUCUCGGCUCUCCAGGCUGGGAACAAAGGGACCCAGGCAUGCAUCACAGCUGCCACUGCUGUGUCUGGGAUCAUCGCUGACCUGGACACCACCAUCAUGUUUGCGACGGCAGGGACACUGAACGCAGAGAACAGCGAGACCUUUGCGGACCACAGGGAGAAUAUCCUGAAGACAGCCAAGGCCUUGGUGGAAGACACGAAACUGCUUGUGUCAGGGGCUGCGUCCACUCCAGACAAGCUGGCCCAGGCAGCUCAGUCCUCCGCAGCCACCAUCACCCAGCUCGCCGAGGUGGUCAAGCUGGGGGCAGCCAGCCUAGGUUCCGAUGACCCUGAGACCCAGGUGGUGUUGAUCAACGCCAUCAAAGACGUGGCCAAGGCCCUUUCCGAUCUCAUUGGUGCUACCAAGGGAGCUGCCAGCAAACCAGCCGAUGACCCCUCCAUGUACCAGCUCAAGGGGGCUGCCAAGGUGAUGGUGACCAAUGUCACCUCCCUCCUCAAGACUGUGAAGGCUGUGGAGGAUGAGGCCACCCGAGGCACAAGGGCACUUGAGGCGACAAUCGAGUAUAUAAAACAGGAGCUCACGGUGUUCCAGUCAAAAGAGGUACCUGAAAAGACAUCAUCACCUGAAGAAUCGAUAAGGAUGACCAAGGGCAUCACUAUGGCAACAGCCAAAGCCGUGGCAGCUGGGAACUCGUGCAGGCAGGAGGACGUGAUUGCUACAGCCAACCUGAGCCGGAAAGCCGUGUCGGAUAUGUUGACGGCUUGCAAGCAAGCAUCCUUCCACCCGGAUGUCAGCGAGGAGGUACGGACCAGAGCCUUGCGCUACGGGACAGAGUGCACCCUCGGCUACCUGGACCUUCUCGAGCAUGUCUUGGUGAUUCUGCAGAAACCCACCCCAGAACUCAAGCAUCAACUGGCUGCUUUCUCCAAGCGAGUUGCCGGCGCUGUGACUGAGCUCAUCCAGGCAGCAGAAGCCAUGAAAGGAACGGAGUGGGUGGAUCCAGAAGACCCAACCGUCAUUGCAGAAACAGAAUUACUGGGGGCUGCAGCAUCCAUUGAGGCUGCUGCUAAGAAGUUAGAGCAGCUGAAGCCAAGAGCAAAACCAAAACAAGCAGAUGAGACCCUGGAUUUUGAAGAACAGAUCUUGGAAGCUGCUAAGUCCAUUGCUGCUGCCACAAGUGCCCUGGUCAAAUCAGCUUCAGCAGCCCAGAGGGAGCUGGUGGCCCAAGGAAAGGUGGGCUCCAUCCCCGCCAAUGCCGCAGAUGAUGGACAGUGGUCACAGGGGCUGAUUUCUGCUGCCCGAAUGGUGGCAGCUGCGACCAGCAGUCUCUGUGAGGCGGCUAAUGCCUCUGUUCAGGGACAUGCCAGUGAGGAAAAGCUCAUCUCAUCUGCCAAGCAGGUUGCAGCUUCUACUGCUCAGCUGCUUGUAGCCUGCAAGGUGAAGGCCGACCAGGAUUCAGAGGCCAUGAGGCGGCUACAGGUAAUGGUCACUGAUGCUGGUGGGAAAAUACUCCUGUUGGAGCGGGCAGCAGGAAAUGCUGUAAAAAGAGCUUCAGACAAUCUUGUUCGUGCAGCCCAGAAGGCAGCUUUUGGCAAAGCUGAUGAUGACGAUGUCGUAGUGAAAACAAAGUUUGUGGGGGGCAUUGCUCAGAUCAUCGCUGCCCAGGAGGAAAUGCUAAAGAAAGAGCGAGAACUGGAAGAAGCAAGGAAAAAGCUGGCCCAGAUCCGCCAGCAGCAGUAUAAAUUCCUACCCACCGAGCUGAGGGAGGAUGAGGGCUAAGGCCAGAGCCACGAUGGCGAGCCCCAGGGGAUGGUCGUGCAAGAACUGGACAUACAGUGUUCCCGAGAGGCGGGGCACUUACCUGGAAACUGCCUGCCUUCCCCAGGGGCGAGCCCAGAGCCCCCGAGUGGUCGAGGGCACGUUCUCACUUCUCUGUCCUGUCGGCACCAGCUGCAUGAUCGUGAUGUCACACGGUACAGUGUCCCACCCACUGCUCCUCCACCACCUCCCCUCAUGCCUCGCUGUAUCUCAGGAGAGAGGGGCGCACUUUUUGUGGACUGUUACCAAAAAAGAGAAGUCAGUAUUAUGUCGUUCUCAAACACUUUUGCUUUUGUUGGUCCUUCUCUAGGCCUGCUCCUGGGCCUCUUUGUAAAACCAUAACAGGAAAAAAAUAAUGGCUUGGGGGAAAUCAUUGAUGUCAUAGAUCUUCAUAGAUAUUCUUCUCCGUCACAGGAGAAGAUGGAAGUUGGAGUUGGACACGGUUAAUAAAAGCCAGAAAUACAAACCCGUGUGGACUCCGGGAGGGUGACUCAGGUCCUCCUCCCAUGUCUCAAGCACUGACUCACCCAGCGGGUGCAGAAUUCCUGCUCGUGUUUGCACGCUUUCUUGCCUCAGUGUGUAAGCUCCUUGUACAAUCUAGACCCAUCUUGUACUCUGUGACCCAGAAAAUUGAACGGCUAUUUUUUUUUUCCUCCAUAACACAAAGGGCAGAGUUGUGGGGGGCUGAAAGAGCUUGGUGAGCAGGGGGUGUAAUAAAAUAUGUGGGCUCCUUACUGUGCAGAAGCUGUUUCAGUUCAUACAGAUUCAUCCACCCUGACCCACAUCCUCUGGGUGACAGUCAUUGCAGUCCCACCUUGCGAGUGUUCAGGGUGGGGAUUCAGCUGGAAUAAAGCAAUUCCUCGGUGGCUCCAUCUUCCAGGUCCCACAACAGUUUCUCUGCUCUCAAAAUGGUCAGAAUUCAGGAUCAGAAGGCAUCUGUUUGCAUCCUAAAAUCAAUGUGAACCUUUGAUUGGUUUUGCUUAUUAUCAUAUAAGUGAAGACAUAUGAAGAUGUAUUUUUUAGAGUCCAUCUUCUGGAUGCCACACUUCCCAAAUUUCAUAUUUUUCCCGCUCAUUCCUUUCCUCUUCUCUUUUCAGAGCUCUCUCCUGGGAAGGGCAUUUUAAAACCUUGAAUUUACCUUUAAUCUGAGCCUUUACCCAAGACAGUACAUGAAGGAUGAAUGGCUUGUGGGAUAGAUCCUAACGCCAAUUAGCAAGUAUCUUUAAAGAAUUCAGGGGGGAAGAUAAGAGUUAAUAGAGGGCAUUGUUUUCAGAACUGAUCACUGUUGGGGGCGGUCCCCCUCCACCUCUCGAGUGGUGUGGUAUCAUCUCAUAUUUCAUCCACCGUGCAGUUUCAAAAUUCCACCCACGGGGAAAAGUUGGUGCUUCAGUCAUCAAAAGAUGUCACCUUCAGACCUUGCCUGAUGAUCCUGCUUUAGCAAACCCCAGCCUGUCAUGGUUUUAAAAUAUAAUAAGCUUUUGACAGCUUCCCAUAUUUAUAAGAUACUUGUAAGCGCUGCACAUAUUAGAAUGUUUUCCCAGACAAGCAGAAAGUUGGAGGAAAUACAGUGUAAAUGGAAAGCAAGUGGAGGGAGAGUGUGGGGAGUGAGGGGAUGUAGGCACCAACUCUGAAGAGGAGGGGCUGGCAGAGCACUGGCCGCGCAGGGGAAAGCUCGUGAAUCCUUGGCUCGCCCCGUGGAGUGUAGCUAAUAAGACUCUUCAUACCUGUCCCGGGCUGGACGUGCUGAGGAGGGGCCCAGGGUGCUUUCUGAGCCUCCUAAGAGUCAGACCCCAAAGGCUCAGGGUCAAGAUGUGUUAAUGGCCUCGUGUGGCAGGACUCUGGGGAGCCCCUCUGUGGCCUCACCACCCCACCCUCUUUUCUUCUAGGCUGUGCCCAGGGCAGCUGUCCCUCUUCCCUCCCAUCUGUCCCCUGGCAUGUUCCAGUAUCCCAGGAGCGAGGCAGGGGCAGGCAGUGAGUUCCCCAUCUCUGCCUCAGUCAUUUAAAACCUCUCCUGCAUCUGAUACCGGCAAAACCUCCGGAGACCAGCCAAAUGGAAAGGCCUGUCCUUUACAACCUUAAAGAACAGGCAUGGAACAAAGCUUAUUUUUGUAGACUUCUAUCAGUACCCUCCUGUCUGGAGUUUUUUGCUGCUAGGAGCUUUUUGGAAGUUGGUUCCCAGUUAUGACCUCAUGUGGUCCUGGUUUUUCAUCCGUCCCUUCCCCGUCCACCCUGCCUUCGUGUAUAUGAAUGGCCUCAUGGCCGG